CUGAAUUAUCAUCGUAAGUUGUCUAGAUAGAACACGAGCAUAACUAAAGUUAUAAGGGAUCACAAUACCAGUCUUUCUUAAGUUGAACAUAUAAAGGCAUAUUCAAACAGAGAAGAUGCCAGGUCGAAUGGAAGGCAAGGUUGUGGUGUUGACGGCGGCCGCCCAGGGCAUCGGCCGUGCAGCCGCAGAGACAUUUGUUCGAGAAGGUGCCAAUGUGAUCGCCAGUGACAUACAGACAGACAAACUGAAGGAGUUAGAGAGUCUAGGAGUCGACUGCCGGAAGCUGGACGUCAUGGACUCUGACGCCGUGAACGCAUUUGCAGCCUCCAUCCCACGAGUAGAUGUCCUUUUCAACUGUGCCGGGUUUGUGUUCCACGGGACGAUACUGGACACGGAGGAGAAGGACUGGGAUUUCUCAUUUGACCUGAACGUGAAGAGCAUGUACCGCAUGUGCCGCGCCAUUCUACCCAAGAUGAUUGAACAGAACGGCGGGACAAUUGUCAACAUGUCUUCAGUAGCAUCCAGCAUCAAAGGAGCGCCAAACCGUUGCGUGUACGGAACGACGAAGGCGGCGGUGAUCGGACUCACGAAGGCGAUCGCAGCCGACUAUGUGUCCAACAACAUCCGGGCAAACUGCAUAUGUCCAGGAACUGUGGACACCCCAUCCCUUCAGGGACGUAUCCAAGCGCAGCCUAACCCAGGCGAGGCGCGCAAGGACUUCCUGGCGAGACAAAAGAUGGGCCGCCUCUGUACUGCACAGGAAGUAGCCAAUCUCAUCCUCUUCCUCGCUUCUGACGAGUCCUCGUACAUCACGGGCGACGCGUGUGUAAUUGACGGUGGAUGGAGUCUGUAGGUAACCUAGCUACACGCUGGUGCUCUCUUUAGGGACUCGACAGUGCAAAUUGCCCGAGACAUACAUUUCUCUUGAUCCAUCAAGUGUUUCAUUCAUGAACUAGAACUAAUAAACGUAAUUACACAU